AGGCUCAGCUGUGAAGGCUCCUCUGACUCCAGGCUGAAGGGAGCCCCUGGAGCGGCUGGUGUCACCGUUCAUCCUGGGGUGUGGCCGAGCACCUGUGUCGGGGCUGUGAGACGUAAAGCGAGAAUGCGGUGGUGUGAGUGGACGGAGAGCAUCCGUGUGGAGGAGGAAUUAGCACCCCGUCAGGAGGAACUGGUGCCCUGUGCCAGCCUCGACCAUUACAGCCGCCUGGGCUGGCGACUGGACCUGCCCUGGAGUGGUCGCGUGGGGUUUACCCGGUCCCCAGCACCUGGGCUCUGUCCUAUCUACAAACCCCCAGAAACCCGGCCUGCCACAUGGAACCGGACAGUGAGGGCUUGCUGCCCAGGCUGGGGGGGUGCCCACUGCACUGAGGCCCUCACAGAAGCCAGUCGUGAAGGCCACUGCUUUGCCAUGUGGCAGUGCCAGCUACAGGCAGGUUCAGCCAAUGCCUCGGCAGGAAGCCUGGAGGAGUGCUGCGCCAGGCCCUGGGGACGAAGCUGGCAGGAUGGCAGCUCCCAGGCCUGCCUCAGCUGCCCUAGCCGACACCUGCCAGGCAGUGCCUCUUCUCCAGCCCCCCUGCAGCCCCUGGCAGGGGCUGUGGGCCAGCUGUGGAGCCAGCACCAGCAUCCCUCGGCCACCUGCGCCUCCUGGUCGGGCUUCCACUACCGCACCUUUGAUGGACGCCACUACCACUUCCUGGGCCGCUGCACCUACCUGCUGGCGGGUGCUGCAGACUCCACCUGGGCUGUCCACCUCAGACCUGGGGACCGCUGCCCCCAGCUGGGACACUGUCAGCUGGUCCAGGUGACGAUGGGACGUGAGGAGGUGCUGAUCCAGGCUGGAACUGUGUCUGUGAAGGGGCAGCUGGUACCUGAAGGGCAGUCUUGGCUGCUCCACGGGCUGAGCCUGCAGUGGCUGGGGGACUGGCUGGUGCUGUCAGGGGGCCUGGGGGUUGUGGUGCGGCUGGACAGGGCUGGCUCCAUCUCCAUCUCUGUGGACCACGAGCUCUGGGGACAGACGCAAGGCCUCUGUGGGCUCUACAAUGGCCGGCCAGAGGGUAAGUGGGGUGUGGUUGGUUGCUGGUGUAGCAGGGAAGGGAAGACUGGAGGCCCCAGACCCAGCACUCUGCCUCACCCCUUCUCAGAUGACUUCAUGGAGCCAGGUGGAGAGCUGGCCAUGUUGGCAGCCACCUUUGGAAAUUCCUGGAGGUUCCCUGACACGGAGCCUGGGUGUCUGGAUGCAGUGGAGGUGGCCAAGGGCUGUGACGGCCCCUUGAGGCUCACAGAGGCAGAUGUGGAGCCUGGCCAUUUGCGGGCUGAAGCCCAGGACAUGUGCCAUCAGCUGCUGGAAGGUCCAUUCAGGCAGUGCCAUGCCCAGGUUUCCCCUGCUGAGUACCAUGAGGCCUGCCUCUUUGCCUACUGUGCAGGGGCCCUGGUGGGCGGCAGGCAAGAGGGGUGGCGGCAGGCUGUGUGCGCCACCUUUGCCAACUAUGCCCAGGCCUGUGCCAGGCGGCACAUCCACAUUCGCUGGAGGAAGCCUGACUUCUGUGGUACUACUUGGGCCUCCCCACCCUGCAGGAUUGGCUGGGGUCUGGGUGGGGGGGAACCACAGCUCACUCCUGUCCCCACAGAGCGCCUGUGCCCCGGGGGCCAGCUCUACUCCGAGUGCAUCUCCCUCUGCCCACCCAGCUGUGAGACAGUGGGUCAGGGAGAGGAGGAGUCCUGCGGGGAAGAGUGUGUGAGUGGCUGUGAGUGCCCUCGAGGCCUCUUCUGGAACGGUACCCUCUGUGUGCCUGCCGCCCAGUGCCCCUGCUACUACCGCCGCCAGCGCUAUGCACCCCAUGACACUGUGUACCAGCUGUGUAACCCCUGCGUGUGCAAGGAUGGCCGCUGGCACUGCGCCCAGGCCCUGUGCCCCGCUGAGUGUGCCUUGGGCGGGGAUGGGCACUACCUCACCUUCGACGGGCGGAGCUUCUCCUUCCGGGGCGGUCAAGGUUGCCGCUACAGCCUGGUACAGGACUAUGUGAAGGGACAGCUACUGAUCCUGCUGGAGCACGGGGCCUGCGAGGCUGGGAGCUGCCUCCACGCCAUCUCCGUCUCCCUGAAGGACACCCACAUCCAGCUCAGGGACUCAGGAGCUGUGCUGGUCAACGGGCAGGACGUGGGCUUGCCCUGGAUUGGCACUGAGGGCCUCAGUGUGCGCCGAGCUUCCUCCUCCUUCCUGCUGCUGCGCUGGCCUGGGGCCCAGGUGCUCUGGGGUCUGUCUGACCCUGCAGCCUACAUCACCCUGGACCCCCGCCAUGCCCACCAGGUGCAGGGUCUGUGUGGCACCUUCACCCAGAACCAGCAGGAUGACUUCCUGACACCAGCCGGGGAUGUGGAAACUAGCAUUGCCGCCUUUGCUAGCAAGUUCCAGGUGGCCAGCAAGGGAAGAUGCCCCUCUGGGGACCAUGCCCUGCUCUCCCCAUGCACCACCCACUCCCAGCGCCACGCCUUCGCAGAAGCGACCUGUGCCGUCCUGCAUAGCCCUGUCUUCCAGGAAUGCCAUGGGCUGGUGGACAGGGAGCCAUUCCAUCUGCGCUGCCUGGCCGCCAUGUGUGGCUGUGACCCCGGCAGCAACUGCCUGUGCCCGGUGCUGUCUGCCUAUGCACAUCGUUGUGCCCAGGAAGGUGCCUCACCUCCCUGGAGGAACCAGACCCUCUGCCCUGUUCUGUGUCCUGGUGGUCAGGAGUACCGAGAGUGUACCCCAGUAUGCGGUCAACACUGCGGGGAGCCGGAGGACUGUGGGGAACUGGGCAGCUGUGUGGCCGGUUGUAACUGUCCUCCGGGGCUGCUGUGGGACCUUGAGGGCCAGUGUGUGCCCCCUAGCUUGUGCCCCUGCCAGCUUGGAGCCCGUCGCUAUGCCCCUGGAAGUGCUGCCAUGAAGGACUGCAACCGCUGCAUCUGCCAGGAAAGGGGCCUCUGGAAUUGCACGGGACACCAUUGCCCCCCACAGCAGGCAUUCUGCCCCAGGGAGCUUGUCUAUGCCCCUGGUGCCUGUCUCCUCACCUGUGACAGCCCCAGCGCCAAUCACUCCUGCCCUGCAGGCAGGGCUGAUGGCUGUGUCUGUCCAUCAGGCAUGGUGCUGCUGGAUGAGCGCUGUGUGCCUCCUGACCUGUGUCCCUGCCGUCACAGUGGGCAGUGGUACCUGCCCAAUGCCACCAUCCAGGAAGACUGCAACGUUUGUGUGUGCCGGGGCCGGCAGUGGCACUGCACAGGUCAGCGUUGCAGUGGGCGAUGCCAGGCGUCAGGCGCCCCGCACUAUGUGACAUUUGACGGACUGGCCUUCACCUUUCCCGGGGCCUGCGAAUAUCUGCUGGUGCGAGAGGCCAGUGGCCUGUUCACAGUCUCUGCCCAGAACCUGCCCUGUGGGGCCAGCGGUCUCACCUGCACCAAAGCGUUGGCCGUGCGUCUGGAGGGCACUGCUGUGCACAUGCUCAGAGGCCGGGCAGUGACAGUGAAUGGGGUGAGCGUGACGCUCCCCAAGGUCUACACGGGCCCUGGGCUGAGCCUGCGUCAUGCUGGCCUCUUCCUGCUGCUCUCGACCCGCCUGGGCCUCACGCUGCUCUGGGACGGAGGGACUCGGGUCCUGGUGCAGCUGUCCCCUCAGUUCCGUGGUCGUGUGGCUGGGCUGUGUGGCGACUUUGAUGGAGAUGCCAGUAAUGAUCUUCGAAGCCGCCAGGGCGUCCUGGAGCCCACGGCUGAACUGGCUGCCCACUCCUGGCGCCUCAGCCCCCUCUGCCCUGAGCCAGGAGAUCUGCCACACCCCUGCACAGUGAACUCACACCGGGCUGGCUGGGCCCGGGCCCGCUGCGGGGUGCUGCUGCAGCCGCUCUUCAAAUCAUGCCACGUGGAGGUGCCCCCACAGCAGCACUAUGAGUGGUGCCUGUACGAUGCCUGCGGCUGCGACUCAGGGGGUGACUGUGAGUGCCUCUGCUCGGCCAUUGCCACCUAUGCAGACGAGUGCGCCCGGCAUGGGCACCAUGUGCGCUGGCGUAGCCAGGAGCUCUGCCCCCUGCAGUGUGAAGGGGGACAGGUGUAUGAGGCCUGUGGCCCCACGUGUCCCCCCACCUGCCAUGAGCACCAUCCUGAGCCCGGGAGGCACUGCCAGGUGGUGGCCUGCGUGGAGGGUUGUUUCUGCCCCGAGGGGACUCUGUUGCAUGGAGGAGCCUGCUUGGAGCCAGCUUCCUGCCCCUGUGAGUGGGGCAGCAACUCCUUCCCACCGGGGUCUGUGCUGCAGAAGGACUGUGGGAACUGCACGUGCCAGGAAGGUCAGUGGCAUUGUGGGGGUGAUGGUGCCCACUGUGAAGAGCUGGUGUCUGGCUGUGCAGAGGGAGAGGUCAUGUGCCAAGUGAGUGGGCACUGUGUGCCCCAUGAGUGGCUUUGUGACAACCAGGACGACUGUGGCGAUGGCUCUGACGAGGAGGGUUGUGCCACCCCAGGCUGUGGGGAGGGGCAGAUGGCUUGCAGGUCUGGUCACUGCCUGCCCCUGGACCUGCUCUGUGAUGGCCGGGAUGACUGUGGAGAUGGCACGGAUGAGCAGGGCUGCCCAUGCCCACAGGGCUUGCUGGCCUGUGCUGAUGGACGCUGCCUGCCCCCAGCCCUGCUCUGCGAUGGGCAUCCCGACUGUCUGGAUGCCGCCGACGAGGAGUCCUGCCUGGGGCAGGUGACCUGCGUCCCCGGGGAAGUGUCCUGUGUUGAUGGCACCUGCCUGGGGGCCAUACAGCUGUGUGACGGAAUCUGGGACUGCCCAGAUGGAGCCGAUGAGGGGCCGGGACACUGCCCCCUCCCUUCUCUGCCCAUGCCUCCUGCCGGCACGGUGCCAAGCCCCUCCCCUGGCUCCCUGGACACUAUGCCACGUCCCCUGGCUAGCGCCAGCCCUGCGCCGCCCUGCGGCCCCUUCGAGUUUCCGUGCGGCAGUGGCGAGUGCACCCCGCUGGGCUGGCGCUGCGACCAGGAGGAGGACUGCGCUGACGGCAGCGACGAGCGCGACUGCGGAGGGCCAUGCGCGCCGCACCUGGCGCCCUGCGCCCGCGGCCCGCACUGCGUGUCCCCCGAGCAGCUGUGCGACGGCGUGUGGCAGUGUCCCGACGGCUCGGACGAGGGCCCCGACGCCUGCGGCUCCACCCAGUUGCCUCCGUGCCCUGGCCUCUUUCCCUGUGGUGUGGCUCCAGGGUUGUGCCUGACCCCCAAGCAACUCUGCGAUGGGAUCCCAGACUGUCCCCAGGGUGAGGACGAGCUGGACUGUGGGGGCCUGCCAGCCCCAGGAGGCCCCAACAGGACAGGGCUUCCUUGCCCAGAAUACACCUGCCCCAAUGGCACCUGCAUAGGCUUCCAGCUGGUGAGGGUGGGACUAGGUGGUGGAGGUGGCAGCACCAUAGUGCCCCCCAGCACGGGAGCCCUGACCCCACUCCCUCCCCAGGUGUGUGACGGGCAGCCUGACUGUGGAGGGCCAGGGCAGGCGGGCUCCUCUCCAGAAGAGCAGGGUUGUGGGGCCUGGGGCCCCUGGAGCCCGUGGGGAACCUGCAGCCACACAUGCGGGCCGGGGGUGCAGGCCCGGAGCCGCCGCUGCACCCCACCCGGCCUCAUGGUGCUGCAGCACUGCCCAGGGCCGGAGCAGCAGUCUCAGGCCUGCUUUAUGGCAGCCUGCCCAGUGGAUGGUGAAUGGAGCGCCUGGUCCCCCUGGUCUCUGUGCUCUGAGCCGUGCAAGGGCACCAUAACACGGCAGCGGCAGUGCCACCCACCCCAGAACGGAGGCCUCACCUGUGCCGCACUGCCCGGAGGCCCGCACAGCACCCGCCAGACCAAGCCUUGCCCUCAGGACGGCUGCCUCAAUGCCACCUGCUCUGGGGAGCUGGUGUUCCGGCCCUGUGCCCCCUGCCCCCUGACCUGUGAUGACAUCUCUGGUCAGGUCGUGUGCCCAUCUGACCGGCCCUGCGGCAGCCCAGGCUGCUGGUGCCCAGAAGGGCAGGUGCUGGGCAGCGAGGGGUGGUGUGUGUGGCCCCGGCAGUGCCCCUGCCGGGUGGAUGGCGCCCACUACUGGCCUGGGCAGCGCAUCAAGGCCGACUGCCAGCUCUGCAUCUGCCAAGACGGGCGGCCCCGGCGCUGCCGACUCAACCCAGACUGUGCUGUGCACUGCGGUUGGUCCUCCUGGUCACCCUGGGCUGAGUGCCUGGGCCCCUGUGGAAGCCAGAGCAUCCAGUGGUCCUUCCGGAGCCCUAACAACCCCCGCCCCUCUGGCCGAGGUCACCAGUGCCGUGGCAUCCACCGCAAGGCACGCAGGUGCCAGACGGAGCCCUGUGAGGGAUGUGAGCACCGGGGCCAGGUCCACCGUGUCGGGGAACGCUGGCGUGGGGGCCCCUGCAGGGUGUGCCAGUGUCUGCACAACCUCACCACACGCUGCUCAACCUACUGCCCACUGGGCGGCUGUCCCCAGGGCUGGGUCUUGGUGGAGGGGACAGGAGAAUCAUGCUGCCACUGUGCCCUACCUGAGAACCGGACAGUCCAGCCCAUGGCCACUCCCACCGCAGCUCCGGUCCUCAGUCCCCAGAUCGGAUUCCGUUUGGCCACUUACAUUCUGCCUCCACUGGGAGACCCCUGCUAUUCUCCUCUGGGGCUGGCCAGACUGGCCAAGGGGAGUCUGCAUGCAUCGUCCCAGCAGCUGGAACACCCCACAUGGGCUGUCCUCCUGGGGGCUCCCACCCAGCGGCCCGGCCCUCAGGGAUGGCGCCCUGGAGAGGAUGCUUAUGCCAAGUGGCACACCCAGCCCCAUUUCCUGCAGCUGGACCUGUUUCGGCCCCGGAACCUCACUGGCAUCAUAGUGCCAGAGACUGGCUCCUCCAACGCUUCUGCCACCAGCUUCUCACUCCAGUUCAGCAGCAGUGGUCUACACUGGCAUGACUAUCAUGACAUCCUGCCUGGCAUCUUGCCCCUGCCCAAGCUUCUCCCCAGAAACUGGGACAACCUGGACCCCACCGUAUGGACCUUCGGCCGGAUGGUGGAGGCGAGGUUUGUCAGGGUUCGGCCCCAUGAUGACCACCACAGCAAUGUCCCCCUGCCGGUGGAGCUACUGGGCUGCGAGCCAGGGUCUCCGCUGGCACCUCCGUGCCCAGGGGUUGGGCUCCGCUGUGCCAGUGGUGAGUGUGCCCUGAGAGGGGGCCCGUGCAAUGGAGUUUUGGACUGUGAGGAUGGCUCAGACGAGGAGGGCUGUGUGCUGCCAUCUGAGGGCACUAGCAGAGUCCAUUCCACAGCCAAGACCCUGGCCCUCUCCUCCACCCAGCCAGGGCAGCUGCCGCACUGGCCCAGGGAGGGACUGGCAGAGACUGAGCACUGGCCUCCCGGGCAGGAGUCCACAGCCCCAACAGAGACAAGGCCCGUGAGUCCUGGCCCAGCCUUCAGAGUGCCUGACCAUGGGGAAUCCAUGCAGACAGUGACCACCACCCCCGUGUCCCAGAUGGAGGCCAGGACCCUGCCACCAGGAAUGGCAGCUGUGACGAUUCUGCCCCCACCCGCAGUGACUCCAGUGACCCCUGCUGGCCAGAGCGUCGCCCCAGGGCCCUUCCCACCUGUGCAGUGUGGCCCCGGCCAGAUGCCCUGCGAGGUGCUGGGCUGCGUGGAACAGGUGCAGGUGUGUGAUGGCAGGGAGGAUUGCCUCGACGGCUCCGAUGAGAGGCACUGUGCAAGCACUGUGCCCUUCACCGUGCCCACCACAGCCCUGCCUGGGCUUCCAGCCUCAAGAGCCCUCUGUUCCCCGAGCCAGCUGAGCUGUGGCAGUGGGGAGUGUCUGUCUGCUGAGCGGCGCUGUGACCUGCGGCCCGACUGCCAGGACGGCUCUGAUGAGGAUGACUGUGUGGCUGGGGCAUGGGCCAUGUGGGAGGCCUGGGGACCCUGCAGCGCCUCCUGCGGGGGUGGCCAUCAGAGUCGCCGGAGGAGCUGUGUGGACCCCCCACCCAAGAAUGGUGGUGCCCCCUGCCCUGGGCCCUCCCAAGAGAGGGCACCCUGCGGCCUGCAACCCUGCUCAGGCAGCACAGCAGACUGCGAGCUGGGCCGUGUGUAUGUGAGUGCUGAUCUGUGCCAGAAGGGGCUGGUGCCCCCAUGCCCACCCUCCUGCCUGGAUCCCAAGGCCAACAGAAGCUGCAGUGGGCACUGUGUGGCAGGAUGCCGCUGCCCCCCAGGGCUCCUCCUGCAUGACACUCGCUGUCUGCCUCUCUCUGAGUGCCCCUGCCUGGUGGGUGAAGAGCUGAAGUGGCCAGGAGUGUCCUUCCUCCUGGCCAACUGCAGCCAAUGCAUGUGUGAGAAGGGGGAUUUGCUGUGCCAGCCAGGGGGCUGCCCCCUGGCCUGUGGCUGGUCUGCCUGGUCCUCCUGGACUCCCUGCGACCACUCCUGUGGCUCUGGAGUGAGGGCCAGGUUCAGGUCUCCCUCCAACCCUCCGGCAGCCUGGGGGGGUGCCCCGUGUGAAGGCAACAGGCAGGAACUGCAGGGCUGCCAUACAGAGUGUGGGACAGAGGUGCUGGGCUGGACGCCCUGGACUUCCUGGUCCUCCUGCUCCCAGAGCUGCCUUGCUCCCGGAGGGCGCCCUGGCUGGCGCAGUCGUUCCCGACUCUGCUCCAGCCCUGGGGACACAUCCUGCCCAGGAGACGCCACCCAGGAGGAGCCCUGCAGCCCCCCUGUAUGCCCAGUGCCAAGCGUCUGGGGUCUGUGGGCCCCCUGGUCCACCUGCUCAGCUCCCUGUGAUGGUGGCAUCCAGACACGCGGGCGCAGCUGCUCCAGCACGACUCCGGGAGACACCGCUUGCCCAGGACCCCACAGUCAGACCAGGGACUGCAAUACGCAGCCCUGCACAGCCCAGUGCCCAGAGAACAUGGUGUUCCGCUCAGCAGAGCAGUGUCGCCAGGAGGGGGGUCCUUGCCCUCGGCUGUGCCUGACGCAGGGCCCCGGGAUAGAGUGUACAGGCUUCUGUGCCCCUGGCUGCACCUGCCCCCCUGGUCUCUUCCUACACAACGCUAGCUGCCUGCCCCGCAGUCAGUGCCCCUGCCAGCUGCAUGGGCAGCUCUAUGCACCAGGAGCGAUGGCUCGCCUAGACUCCUGCAACAACUGCACCUGUGUCUCUGGCGCAAUGGCGUGCACCUCGGAGCACUGCCCAGUGGCCUGUGGCUGGAGUCCCUGGACCCCAUGGAGUCUCUGCAGCCGCAGCUGCAACGUGGGCAUUCGGCGCCGCUUCCGCGCAGGCACCGCACCUCCAGCUGCCUUUGGGGGUGCUGAGUGCCAGGGCCCCUCCAUGGAGGCUGAAUUCUGCAGCCUGUGGCCAUGUCGAGGUCCUGGUGGGGAGUGGGGCCCUUGGUCUCUGUGCUCCGUGCCCUGUGGUGGCGGCUACAGGAACCGCACCCGCGGCAGUGGCCUGCACAGCCCUGUGGAGUUCUCCCCCUGUGGCCUGCAGCCCUGUGCAGGUAAGGGUUGCCCUGAGGACCCUACACUCUCAUUCUCACCAACCCAGGGCACUGUCAAACCCGUCUGCCACCCUGGCUCAGCGCUGUCCCUCAGCCCUUGUGCAGCCCCCACGACCACCCCGGCCAUACCCAGAGCUGGUGCCACUCUCAGGUUGGGAGGUCAGGGGAGAGCUGAGUGCUCUGGGGCAAGGCUGUCAAUUUCUGUGUCUGCAGGGCCUGUGCCUGGCCUGUGUCCCAGGGGCAAGCAGUGGCUGGACUGUGCCCAGGGCCCUGCCUCCUGUGCAGAGCUCAGUGCCCCAAGAGGGACUAACCAGACCUGCCAUCCUGGCUGCUACUGCCCCUCCGGGAUGCUUCUGCUGAACAACGUGUGUGUGCCCACCCAGGACUGCCCCUGUGCCCACGAGGGGCACCUCCACCCCCCGGGCAGCACGGUGGUUCGUCCAUGUGAAAACUGCUCCUGUGUCUCCGGGCUCAUCGCCAACUGCAGCUCCUGGCCUUGUGCGGAGGGUCAGCCCGCGUGGUCACCCUGGACCCCAUGGAGCCAGUGCUCAGCCUCCUGCAGCCCUGCCCGACGCCAUAGACACCGAUUCUGUGCCAGGUCCCCCAGUGCAGCACCAGCCACCGUGGCUCUGCUGCCUCUGCCAACCACCCCCACACCUCUCUGCCCGGGGCCUGAGGCUGAGGAGGAGCCAUGUGAUCUGCCAGGGUGCGAUGGAGCUGGGGGCUGGGGUCCGUGGGGGCCCUGGUCCCACUGUAGCCGGAGCUGUGGGGGAGGCCUGCGGAGCCGGACCCGGGCCUGUGACCAGCCCCCACCCCAAGGCCUGGGGGAUUACUGCGAGGGGCCACGGGUCCAGGGGGAGGCCUGCCAGGCUCUGCCCUGCCCAGUGACCAACUGCACUGCUAUUGAGGGGGCUGAGUUCAGCCCCUGUGGCCCUCCGUGCCCUCGCUCCUGUGAUGACCUAGUGCACUGUGUGUGGCGUUGCCAGCCUGGCUGCUACUGCCCACCAGGCCAGGUGCUGAGUUCCAAUGGGGCCAUCUGCGUGCAGCCAGGUCACUGCGGCUGCCUGGACCUGCUGACCGGGCAGCGGCACCAUCCAGGCACUUGGCUGGCAAGGCCCGACGGUUGCAACCACUGCACCUGCCUGGAGGGGAGGCUGAACUGCACAGACCUGCCCUGCCCAGUGCCCGGAGGCUGGUGCCCAUGGUCGGAGUGGACAGCAUGCUCCCAGCCCUGCAGGGGCCAGACCAGGAGCCGCUCCAGGGCCUGCACCUGCCCUGCUCCCCAGCAUGGGGGUUCCCCGUGCCCCGGGCAGACUGGGGAGGCAGGAGCCCAACAUCAGAGAGAGGCCUGCCCCAGCUCCGCCAUGUGCCCAGUGGACGGAGCCUGGGGCCCAUGGGGACCGUGGUCUCCCUGCGACACGUGCCUGGGGCAGUCCCACAGGAGCCGGGCGUGCAGCCGGCCCCCCACCCCUGUGGGAGGGAGGCCCUGCCCUGGGGGCCACACGCAGAGUCGCCCUUGCCAGGACAAUUCCACCCGGUGCACAGACUGUGGGGGUGGCCAAAGCCUGCUCCCCUGUGGGCAGCCCUGCCCCCGCUCCUGCCAGGACCUGUCCCCCGGGAGUGUGUGCCAGCCAGGCUCUGCGGGCUGCCAGCCCAGCUGCGGGUGCCCCCCGGGCCAGCUCUCCCAGGAUGGGCUGUGCGUGCCCCCGGCCCACUGCCGCUGCCAGUACCAACCUGGAGCCAUAGGGAUCCCUGAGAACCAGAGCCGGUCAGCAGGGUCUAGGCUUAGCUCCUGGGAGAGCCUGGAACCUGGCGAGAUGGUCACUGGGCCGUGUGACAACUGCACCUGUGUGGCAGGCAUUCUGCAAUGCCAGGAGGUGCCUGGCUGCCCGGAUCCUGGGGUGUGGAGUUCUUGGGGCCCCUGGGAGGACUGCAGUGUUUCAUGUGGGGGCGGGGAGCAGCUGCGCUCCCGGCGCUGUGCCCGUCCCCCCUGCCCAGGGCCUGCCCGCCAGAGCCGCAUAUGCAGCACACAGGUGUGCAGAGAGGUAGGCUGCCCGGCCGGCCGCCUGUAUCGAGAGUGCCAGCCCGGCGAGGGAUGCCCCUUCUCCUGUGCCCACGUCACGCAGCAGGUGGGCUGCUUCUCCGAGGGCUGCGAGGAGGGCUGCCACUGCCCCGAGGGCACCUUCCAGCACCGCCUGGCCUGUGUACAGGAGUGCCCUUGUGUGCUGACAGCCUGGCUGCUGCAGGAGCUGGGAGCCACCAGAGGUGACCCUGGUCAGUCCCUCGGGCCUGGAGAUGAGCUGGGCUCGGGCCAGACACUUCAUACAGGCUGUGGCAACUGCUCCUGUGCACAUGGGAAGCUGUCUUGCUCCCUGGAGGACUGCUUCGAGGCCGGUGGCAGUUUUGGUCCCUGGAGCCCCUGGGGCCGAUGCUCCCGCUCCUGUGGCGGGCUGGGCACCCGUACCCGCAGCCGCCAGUGUGUGCUUCCCAUGGCUGCCCCCAGUGGUCAGGGUUGCCGUGGGCCCCGUCAGGACCUCGAGUACUGCCCCAGCCCAGACUGCCCUGGGGCUGAAGGGUCCACGGUGGAGGCAGUGACACACCUUCCAGGCGGCUGGGGCCCAUGGUCCCCGUGGUCCCCCUGCUCCCGAAGCUGUACAGACCCUGCUCGCCCUGCAUGGCGGAGCCGCACCCGCCUCUGCCUGGCUAACUGCACCGUGGGAGACCCAUCACAGGAGCGCCCCUGCAACCUGCCCUCCUGCACAGAGCUGCCCCUGUGCCCCGGCCCUGGCUGUGGGGCUGGGAACUGUUCCUGGACCUCCUGGGCCCCGUGGGAACCUUGCUCCCGCAGCUGCGGGGUGGGCCAGCAGCGCCGCCUGCGGGCAUACCGUCCCCCUGGGCCUGGCGGGCACUGGUGCCCCGACAUCCUUACUGCCUACCAAGAGCGCCGCUUCUGCAAUCUGCGAGCCUGCCCAGUGCCUGGGGGCUGGUCACGCUGGAGCCCCUGGUCCUGGUGCGACCGCAGCUGUGGGGGAGGUCGAUCCCUGAGGAGCCGCAGCUGCUCCAGCCCCCCACCCAAGAAUGGGGGUGCCGCCUGUGCUGGGGAGCGGCACCAGGCCCGGCUCUGCAAUUCCAUGCCUUGUGAGACCGGCUGCCCAGAAGGCAUGGAGGUGGUCACCUGUGCCAACCGCUGCCCCCACCGCUGCUCAGACCUCCAGGAGGGAAUUGUGUGUCAGGAUGACCAGGUCUGCCAGAGGGGCUGCCGCUGCCUCAAGGGAUCCCUGGAGCAGGAUGGCGGCUGUGUGCCAAUUGGGCACUGUGACUGUACCGAUGCCCAAGGCCACCGCUGGGCCCCAGGGAGCCAGCACCAGGAUGCCUGCAACAACUGCUCAUGUCAAGCUGGGCGGCUCUCCUGCACGGCUCAGCCCUGCCCGCCUCCCACCCACUGUGCCUGGGGCCGCUGGUCAGCCUGGAGUCCCUGUAGCCACUCAUGUGGGCCCGGAGGGCAGCAGAGCCGCUUCCGGUCCUCCUCAUCGGGCUCGUGGGCUCCGGAGUGUCGGGAGGAGCAGUCCCAGAGCCAGCCCUGCCCUCAGUCCCCGUGCCCGCCCCUGUGUCUGCAGGGCACUCGCCCCCGCACCCUGGGGGACAGCUGGCUUCAGGGGGAGUGCCAGCAGUGCUCCUGCACCCCGGAGGGCGUGAUCUGCGAAGACACCGAGUGUGCAGUGCCCGAGGCCUGGACGCUGUGGUCUCCCUGGUCCAGCUGCCCUGUCUCCUGUGGAGGUGGAAACCAGGUCCGAAUCCGGGCUUGCAGGGCUGCAGCUCCUCCCCAUGGGAGCUCACCCUGCCCGGGCCCCGAUACCCAGACCCAGCCCUGCGGGCAGCAGCCUUGCCCGGAAUUGCUGGGGGCCUGUACCUGGGGCCCAUGGGGGCCCUGUUCCCGCAGCUGUGGCCUGGGCUUGGCCUCUCGCUCUGGUUCCUGCCCCUGCCUGCUGGCCGAGGCUGACCCCACCUGCAAUGGCACCUUCCUCCACCUGGACACGCGGGGCUGCUACCCAGGGCCCUGCCCGGAGGUGUGCGUGUGGAGCAGCUGGAGCAGCUGGACUCGAUGCUCUUGCCAGGUGCUGGUGCAGCAGCGCUACCGACACCAGGGCCCAGCGUCUCAAGGGGCCAGGGCGGGAGCCCCCUGCACGCGACUGGAUGGCCACCUCCGGCCUUGCCCCAUUGGCAACUGCUCUGAGGACAGCUGCACGCCUCCCUUUGAGUUCCAGGCCUGCGGCUCCCCCUGUGCUGGGCUCUGUGCCACACACCUGAGCCGUCAGCUCUGCCAGGACCUGCCGCCCUGCCAGCCGGGCUGCUACUGCCCCAAGGGGCUGCUGGAGCAGGCUGGGGGCUGCAUUCCUCCAGAGCAGUGUAACUGCUGGCAUACCUCAGCAAAGGGAGCCCGGGUGACCCUGGCCCCUGGAGACCGCCUGCAGCUGGGCUGUAAGGAGUGUGAAUGCCGGCGUGGGGAGCUGCAGUGCACCAGCCAGGGCUGCCAAGGUCUUCUGCCUCUGAGUGAGUGGUCCGAGUGGUCGCCGUGUGGGCCCUGCCUGCCGCCCAGCACCCUGGCCCCUGCCUCCAGAACUGCACUACAGGAACGCUGGCUCCAGGACCCAACUGGCCUCUCCCCGACCUCUGCCCUGCUGCUGGCCUCAGAGCAACACCGUCACCGGCUCUGUCUGGAUCCUGCAACAGGAGGACCCUGGACCGGGGCCCCUCACCUCUGCACUGCGCCCCUCAGCCAGCAGCGCCUGUGCCCUGACCCUAGAGUCUGCCCUGACUCAUGCCAGUGGAGUCCGUGGGGGCCAUGGAGCUCCUGCCAGGUCCCCUGCAGUGGGGGAUUCAGGCUACGCUGGAGAGAGGCAGGGGCCCCCCAUGGAGGAGGCUGCCGGGGACCAUGGGCUCAGACAGAAAGCUGCAACAGAGGGCCCUGCCCAGGCAAGAGCUGUGAGGCCCGAGACACUGUACUCACCAGCGACUGUGCCAACCGGUGCCCACGCAGCUGUGUCGACCUCUGGGACCGUGUUCAGUGUCUGCAGGGACCCUGCCACCCAGGCUGCCGCUGUCCCCCGGGCCAGCUGGUCCAGGACGGGCGCUGUGUGCCGAUCUCCUCUUGCCGCUGUGGCCUCCCCAGUGCCAAUGCCUCUUGGGAGCUGGCCCCAGGCCACGUGGUGCAGCUGGACUGCAAAAACUGGUAUGGCAGCAGCCACGCCAGGGCGGAGGGAGCUUCGGGUGGAGGCAUGGGGCAGGUCAGCCUUCGCAGGUAUUGCCGGGGAGCGAGGGUUCUGUUCACCCUGACUGGAGCCCUUUGUGCUACCCCCGUCCACAGCACCUGUGUCAACGGGUCCCUGGUGUGCCCACGCCAGGAGUGUCCAGUCCUUGGGCCUUGGUCAGCUUGGAGCAGCUGCUCAGCCCCCUGUGGUGGGGGCACUAUGGCACGACAUCGGAGCUGCAAGGGGGGUCCUGGGGUGGCAGCAUGCCAGGCCCAGGACACGGAACAGUGGCAGGAGUGUAACCUGAAGCCCUGCCCUGAGUGCCCCCCUGGCCAGGUGCUUAGCGCCUGUGCCACCUCCUGCCCACACCUCUGCUGGCAUCUGCAGCCUGGCGCCAUCUGUGUGCAGGAGCCCUGCCAGCCUGGCUGUGGCUGCCCUGGAGGGCAGGUGGGUACUGGUUGCUGUGUCCUGACUCCCAUGUGGGCAAAGCUGGCAGGUGAGGAGGGAAGAGGCGGUGGUCCGAGUGUCACUGAGCCCGCCCCACUGCAGCUGCUGCACCACGGCACAUGCGUUCCCCCUGCUGCCUGCCCCUGCACCCAGCAUUCUCUGCCCUGGGGCUUCACCCUGACCCCAGAAGAGCAGGCCCAGGAGCUGCCCCCAGGGACUGUGCUCACCCAGAACUGCACCCGCUGCGUCUGCCGCAGUGGAGUCUUCAGCUGCUCCCUUGUCGACUGUCAGGAGUGCCCCCCUGGGGAAGCAUGGCAGCAGGUGGCCCCGGGGGAGCUGGGGCUCUGCGAGCAGACAUGCCAGGAGAUGACCGCCACAGAGACCCCAGGCAACUGCAGCUCGGCUCGAGCUUCAGGCUGUGUGUGCCAGCCUGGGCACUUCCGAAGCCAGGUGGGCUCCUGCGUCCCCAAAGACCGCUGCGAGUGCUGGCACCUGGGGCGGCCCCACCUGCCUGGAUCUGAAUGGCAGGAGGCCUGUGAGAGCUGCGUCUGCCUCAGUGGGAGGCCUUUCUGCACCCAGCGCUGCUCCCCGCUCACCUGUGCCCAGGGUGAGGAGAUGGUGCUGGAGCCAGGGAGCUGCUGUCCCACUUGCCACCGGGAGACUCUGGAGGAGCAAAUGCCCUCCUGCCACCUCCUUACGGAGCUUCGAAACCUCACCAAGGGGCCCUGCUACCUGGACCAGGUAGAAGUGAACUACUGCAGUGGGCACUGCCCAUCCAGCACCCACGUCAUGCCAGAGGAGCCAUACCUGCAGAGCCAGUGUGAUUGCUGCAGCUACCGCCUAGAUCCAGAGAGUCCCGUGCGGAUCCUGAGCCUGCGCUGUCCGGGUGGCCACGUGGAGCCCGUGGUGCUGCCAGUCAUUCACAGCUGCCAGUGCAGCUCCUGCCUGGGAGGUGACUUCUCAAAGCGCUAACAGGCUACGCUGGGUGAGUCCAUGGCCGUCCCUCUUAUGAUUGUGGGACUCAGUGGCACUGACCACGUCCUUCCACACCCUCCUACCUGCCCCCAACUGGGGGUCCAUGACCUGAUAUUAGCAUCUUCUGAAUAAAGGGACAUUGGCAACAA